AUGGGUGCCUCCGCCUGGGUCCUCCGCGAUCUCCGCAAGCGUGUGUCGGCCGCCGAUGUCGAGCUUCAGCGCCGCGCAUACCUCUACGUCGCCCGCAACACCACCCUGCCAGCUCAGGUCCGCCACCGCGCCCAGCUCGGUCUCAACUCGCUGAAUGGCGGAGAGGGUCGCAUGACGAGCAUUAGGAACAGGUGUACCGAGACCUCAAAAGGCCGUGGUGUCCUCACCAAGUUCGGUCUCUGCCGUUACCAGUUCCGCCUCAAGGCCCUCAAGGGCGAGAUUCCCGGCGUCCACAAGGCGUCGUGGUAA